AUGAAAAUUUUGCUCCAAUUUCUGGUUAUGUUAAGAAUAUGUUUUCUGGUGACAACAAUACAUAUACUAAAUUUGGAUAAUACAUUAAGUGAUGAUAAUGAAAUGCCAACAAAUUAUUACGGUGCAUCUUUCAUAAACACCGAUGGAAUACAAAAAUUCUGCUCAUCUAAUAUUGAUUGCUACAGUAUGCGGGAGCCAACAUUUUGGUGUCGCUUAGCCGAAAAUCAACAAUGGACUGAAAAAGGAUGUUAUUGUGAUCCAAUUUUGAAAGCAUGCAUUAUUGAACGAAUUACUAAACUUGGUCCUGUAAGUAAAAUCCAUAAUUAUGCAUACUGUAUAUCACAAAUUUUCUGGCAAUGUUCACCAUAUCAAAUUAUAUAA